GGCGGCUGUGUCGGAAGGAUCGAAAGUGCUUUAUUUUCGGGGGUGUUCGUAGCACUUCAUCAAGUGUCCUUUAUCUAAAAUCUACCGUAACUGGAUUUUUCUGUUAACAAUAAGAUGGAGAACAGUUCUACACCCAUCACUGGAUUGGCCUGGAUAUCUAGCGUCACUCUGUGUCCCAAGACCUACAAUAUGAUUGUGGCAACGGUUGAAGGAGCCUCGGCCAACUUUGUUAAGGGCUUUAACCAGAAAUCGGCUGUGUACCUUGGUUACAGCACAGUCCCAGAGGGUCUGGAGCAAGUUAUCACUGACAUUCAAAUGCUGAAUGAAAAGACAGUGCUGCCUGUUGGGUAUGCUUUCAUCGGGGAACACUUAGACCCAAAAAUCUCUGUGCCAAAGAAAAAAAGGCUAUGUGUAAAGCAGAUGCCUAUGCACACUGCAGAAACCGCUGUCUGUGAGAUCAAAUUAUCCAUGAAAAGCAAGCAGUUUGGUGCUCCAUAUGAACGCAUUGGUGAAAUAAGUGGAUUGGUAUUUUGGUGCAGAAAAGGCAGUGUGUCGGCUCCCAAACCUACUCCAAAACCUCGAAACAUUACUUCUGGCAUUAAAGGGCUUUCUCUUGACAGCAACACCGCAGUCCAACCAGUAAGACGAGCAAGUGCACCAAAUCCAGAUGCAGGACAAGCGGUUCCACUGAGUAAUGGUAAAUGGGGUUUGUCGGAGAAUGCUAUUUAUGAUUCUUCAAAUAUUUAUGGCAUAUCUGCUAUAGAUGGGAUCCCUUUUACAAUUCACCCAAUGUUUGAGAAUACUAUUAACAAUUCUUCAGUGGCCGCCUCAGACUUCAGAGAUCUACAUAUAAAGACUCUGUCUGAGAUUGAGAGUGAGUACAACUAUGGAUUUGUGGUUGAAAAAACUGCAGCGGCUCGUAUUCCACCACGGCUACGUUAGAAGAUCGAGUUGGCCGUUUUGCACUUCCUGAGAGAACUGGAGAAUUUUGGUAUAAAUGAGUGACAACAAUAGAACCUAAGAAAGAAAGAAGAUUUCUACUAAUGAUUCCCAAAACACAUGGAACAGCACAGCUCUAAAAACAUGCAAUUUCAUUAGCUGGACUAAGGAUUGUGGUAUUUCUAUUAUUGAGACGAAUUUUAGCCUUUUUUUAAGAGGUUGCCUUAAACUUUUACUAUGAUGUGCAGAUGUACAAAGCGAUAGAAUAAGACAGUUUGCAGUUGGUCUUUAAUUUGUAUUUUUUUAGUUCUCUUUUUUUUUUGUGUUGUUUAGCAGCUGUUCAGCUUCAGAUUUCAGGGCCCAGUUUAUCCUAGCAACCAGGCAGUAGUUUGAAAGUGAGACUGAAUGAUAAAUAGCAGCGAACCUGAGAAAAAUAAUUCAGUAGCUUUUCUCUGCCAGGGUCAAUGACCCCCUGCAACCUGAUUAAAUUGAAAGCUGCAGCAGAGCAAUAAUAUAAUAUAAUUUAAAAAUUAUAAAUUAAAGUCCGCUUGAAAAGUUAUUCUGUAACAUAAUAAAAGUUAACUGAAAUGAGUGAGCCACCCAUAUAACUUGAAUAUUUAGGGUCAAAUACAGUAGAUGUAAAUCUGGCGCGUUCUUUGCUUCCUGCGGUGACACUACAGCAAUUACAAUAAAUCUUAUUAUAGAAGGGAAAAAGGAACAAGAAGCCAUAUUUGUGAAAACCAGCACCUCUUUAUGCAGGAUGGUCACUCGUUUUACCUUUAUUACUAUAUAACAUUUACUAUUAUGUUUCUGUUUGGGAUUUUGUCCUGCUAAGAGCAAAUUGCUGUGUAAAUCUUUGGAGAAGUAAUCUUGUCUCAUUCCAUGUAUAUAAUAAUAAGUUUCUGAUUGUAAUAUGAAGAAUUUACAUUCCUGCCUGAAACAGUAGUAUAUAAUAAAAUGCCUAUUUACAACCUA